AAGACGUUGGUGCAGAGUUAGAAAUGUUAGAUUUAACUUCUUUAACUGCAUGAAUGGAAUCCGUUUUUAUACUUUUAGUAAGAAUGGUUUUUGAUUCCAUUGUUGAUAGAAGAACACCUUUAAAUCUGGGAUCUACCAACAUGGCAGCACGCUGUAGGGGCUCUUGCAUGUAGUUUGGAAACCUCGACUUACGUUUUUAUGCAAUGCUCUUGCAAGUGUCACUUCAUCUUUUUUGGCAGCGAUGUGCGAUUCGAGGUUACAAAGAGGACAGUGAAGUACUGGAAUGAUCAUAGACAAUGUUGGAAGAAAAUGAACUGUUUUUCAGAGACAUGAACAAGUGCCAUAUCUUACCUUUAGAAUGAAGCGAAUAUCUGAUAUGUUCAGGAUAAUAUGGCAGGAAGACAAAUUUUACAACUGAAGCUCAUUUUGCUCUGUCUUCUUGUCCUCUGCACAACAAGUAUGGUUUUUUAUGUGGGAACUUUAUCUCAUUUGGAAACUGAAUCGGGUAGUUUGGAAUCUCUGCAGUUUCAACAUUUAUUAGAAAACGCUUCUGACAAUGAACUGCCUCUAAAGUUAAUUCACAAGCACAGGAGGAAACAUCUGCAGGCGAUGUGUGAUGAUAUUAAAAAAUAUAGCAAGACACAAGGCACAGUCAGUGAAGAAAAUAAACAUGAGCUGGAUCAUAUACUAGUCGAUGAAAGGCACAAAUUGCUUUACUGUUAUGUUCCGAAGGUUGCUUGUACAAACUGGAAAAGAAUUUUUCUGGUUUUAACUGGACAAGCCAACACAACUGAUGUUCUGGCUAUUCCAGCAAGUGUUGCUCAUGAAAAGGGGCUUUUGUCAAAACUGAGCAACUAUUCUGUUGCAGACAUUAAUUUAUUUUUAAAAACAUUUUCAAAGUUUUUAUUUGUGAGGCAUCCUUUUGAGAGGUUGCUUUCAGCAUACCACAACAAAUUAGAACAGCGUUAUCAUAGCUCGAAGUAUUUUCAAACAAGGUUUGGUCGUUUCAUUAUUAAAAACUACAGAAUAAAUCCUUCCAAUGAAUCUUUGAUAAAAGGAGAUGAUGUAACAUUUAACGAAUUUGCAGCUUAUUUAGUUGACCCCAAAAUGAGUUUUAAUGAACACUGGAUACCCAUUUAUAAUUUGUGCCAUCCAUGUCUCAUAAACUAUGAUAUUAUUGGAAAAUAUGAAACUUUGUAUGAAGAUUCUGAUUUUGUUUUGAGGAGUGCUGGCGUGCACACAAAAUUUCCACGACUAACCAAGACUUCUAGUACGUCAAAUAAGUUAUAUAAAUAUUUCAAUUCAUUAUCAGAAAACACUAUAAAUAAAUUGUAUAAUAUUUACUUACUUGAUUUCAAGUUGUUUGGCUAUACUUUGAAUAAAUUUUGAGUAUGUCUCUCUUUUUCUGAUUUUUUAAAUAAUACUCAAUCAUUGAGUUGAUGUAUCAGUGAUAGACAUUUGUGAUUAAAUAUUGUUUUGUAUUUUUGUAGUGUUUAUACUAUUGUUAAAGCUUUUGUACUAACAUGAUUAUAUAAGUUACUUAAUAGUUCACAACGAGCAAUUAUAUGUUUUUGUAGGUUGCUGUUGUUGUCAGUCUUUCACAAAAAAAACUACAUGCUGUGAUGCUGUUAACCAUAUCCUUUUAUUCACAUAAUAACAGUCAUUCUCCCACACACCUUUUCCUCCAUUUUCUAACUCUCUAAACUAAAGCAGUGCUACCAACUCGGUAGCUACAACUACACCUAUGACACAAAAUAUCUUUAUUGCCGAUAACACCUCCCCUCAACAAAAUAUUUUUAAGAAACAAACAAUCUUUUCCUAAAUUUGUCAAACAGUACACCACCAAGAGGCUUAGUAAAAAUAUCACCUAGUUGGUCACUGGUAUUAACAUAGUCCAACCUAAUGAUGUUUUCAAACAGUUUCUCUUUUACAAAACACUUCUUAAUCUUUAGAUGUUUGACUCUAGAGUUGUCAGUGGCCAUAUGUGCCAGAUUUAUAGUAGACUGAUUAUCCUCUAACAGAGUGAUGGGACCAACUUUUAUUUUAAAAUCAUGCAACAAGUCUUUCAACCAACAAGCCUCACUGGCAGCUUGACUAAGAGCAACAAAUUCUGCUUCAGUGGAUGACAGAGCCACUGAUUGUUGUUUUUUUGAAAACCAGAUAACAGUACAGCCAAAAACCUUAAAGCAACAACCAGUUGUAGACUUAGUCAUCACUGCCUCCCCAGUCACUGUCCACAUAGCCUACUAGAUCAUCAUUCCUGUUCCCAUAGUAAUUUAAACACAUAUUUAACGUACCCUUGAUAUACCUAAGAACAUUUUGCAGAAGUUUGUAAAGUAAAGUGCUUGCACAGUUCUGAUAUCUACUUAAGAUUGUAACAACAGCACGCAAAUCAGGUCUUGAUCCCAUUGCAGCAUACAUUAAGGAUCCAACUAAUUUUCUACACUUUGACUCUAUUUCCUCAUUUUCUGAUUAUUCCUUUUUGAAUAACUCAAACUUGAAGUUUCUGUCGAUGGGCAAGGACAAAGGUUUGCAUUCUGACAUACCAUACAACACAAGUAAGUUCUGCAGAUACUGUUUCUGACUUAUGGUUGUACGAUUACUAGCUAAAUCCUGCUCGACAUCAAUACCUAGAAACCUUUUUACACAACCCAGCUCUUUCAUUUUGAAGGUGUUACAUAGUGCAUCUCUAAGAUGACUGAGCUCAUUUUUACAAUUUCCAAAAUAUAAAAUAUCAUCAACAUACACCAACAAAAACAUUUUGGUGUUGCCUUUACAUUUAGAAUAAACACAGGCAUUUUUGUCAGAACGUACAAAACCCAGUGAUGACAUUACUUUAUCAAAUUUAGAGUUCCACAAUUUGGGAGCAUUUUUAAGGCCAUAAAUAUACUUAUUUAGUUUACCAACAGGAUACUCUGAAUUUACACCCUCUGGUAAUUUAAAAUAGAGUUCCUCAUCAAUUUCACUGUUAAGGAAUGCACUGCAUACAUCCAUUUGUUGUACUGGUAAGUUCAGUUUGGUGGCCACACUCAUAAACACUCUGAAAGUUUUAAGUUUUGCCGCAGAAGCAUACAAGUUAUAAACAUCACAUUCUUGCUCGAAACCUCUUGUCACUAGUCUUGCCUUGUAUUUAGUUUCCCCAGUUUCAGUUCCCUUUUUUGUGAACACCCAUUUUGAACUAACUACUUCUUUUGCUUCUGGCACCUGUGGUAAGGCCGUCCAAGUGUUGUUUUCAUGUAACUGCUGAAGCUCGGCCUUAAUUGCCUCCACCCAACAUUGUGAGUCUUCCCUAUUCAUUGCCUUUUUGUAACUCUUCGGUACCGCAUCAGUUGCUACGAGUCCUAGAUCGUACUCUGAGCACCACGCUGGCUUUCUUACACUCCGUCCACUUGAUGUUUUAGGUGACUUAUUUUUGGAGGUUUCUCUGCUUGACACUUCAAUUGGUCUCCCCUUUCUUUGGUCUCCUUCAGUCACUGCAUCCUCAAACCCUUUAAAGGGAGAAGACAUUCCUUCACUUUGUACUUCUUCCUCAUCAGUACUGGAAUUUGAUUUUAUUUGUUCAUCUUCUUGAGUCAGGUCUAGGCCAAUCAUUUCAAUCUCUUCUACUUCAGUUUCAGUCCUUGUUUUACAUCCCUUUAGUCUUACAAACACCACAUCCCUUUUUAUUUCAAUUUUCUUCUUGUCUUUGAAGUAAAUUUGAUACCCUUUGGAAUCUUUGUAACCAACAAAAACACCUUUCUCUCCUUUUGGGUCCCACUUCAAUCUCUUUUCUUUCGGUAUAUGGACAAAUACCUCUGUUCCAAACACAUGAAUUAGUUUUGUCAAAUCAACAUUUUUCCUUUCCCAGACUUGAUAUGGUGUCAUUAUUUUCUCUAGCCUUUGAGGUCCUAUUUAACACAUUCACAGCUGUAUUUACUGCCUCUGCCCAUAGCUGUUUGUUAAGCCCUUUCCCACUGAGCAUGGACCUAGCAGCUUCCACUAAGGUGCGAAUGUCCCGUUCUGCUCUUCCAUUUUGCUCUGGUGUAUACGGUAUUGUUGUCUGGUGUUGUAUUCCGUGGUCCUCAAGCAGCGCUUUCACUUCCUGAUUCACAAAUUCUCCUUCAUUAUCUUUUCUAAGCACUUUCACAGGCAGACCUGUAGCUUUUUCAGAAAAAUGUAUGUAGUAUUUCAGCUUCUGGGACACCUCAGAUUUACUCUUGAGAAAGUACACUUGCCGGUAAUUUAAGUAGUCAUCUUUCAGUAGCAGAAAGUAUCGAGACCCUCCCACAGACUCUACCUCCAUUGGUCCACACGCAUCAGCAUGUACCAAUUGCAAUGGAGCAUCAGUGUGUUGUUUGCUUUCACCAAAUGGUAAUUUCUUAAUUUUUCCCUCCAGACAUGCUUCACAUGACUCACUUUGUCUGAGUACUUAAUAUUGUUUUGAUUCAAGACACUUUUCACAUAGUCCAGGUUCUGAUGACAUAAGCUUUCAUGCCACUCUAUCAACGAGCGUACCGCCACUAAGCAGUCUUGUUCCAUGAUUACAUCCAGAAUAUACAAAUUUCCCUCCUUAUUUGCCAUCGCACGAAUCUGGCUGUCUUUAUAUGCAUAGCAAUGAUCGCCAGCCAUUUUAACAGUAUGACCCUUUUCAAUUGCACUUGAUACUGAGAAUAGAUUCAUUUUCAGCUGAGGGACCCACAAUACAUGGUUCAAGGUACUUUUCACAUAAUUCUGUCAUUGUAGACUUUCACAUUUACUUAUCUGAUACCUUGCACCUGAAGACUACGUCCAUCACCAACGAGAACACAUUUAUUCGAUACUGGUGUAAAGUUCAUGAGGAGGCCACGUUCGAAUGUCAUAUGUUCACUUGCUCCACUAUCCAUGAUCCAAGAGGUGGAUCUUUUAUGGUCCUCCAAAUCUCUUACACUACGCAAUACACUUUCUGACAUUACAAAGGCAUUUUCAUGUAUAGGCCUAUACCUUUCUUUGCUUGCACUGAAACUUCAGAUGUCCUUUCUUGCCACAUUCAAAACACUUUCGUAAGUCUUUGUCCUCUCUGCAUUGGUUUGCCACAUGUCCCAGGAAUCCACACUUGAAACACUUAAAUCCCCCUGUCUUCUUGACUGUGUUCCCUUUAUAUGAUCCUGCCACCAUAGCCACAUCCUCAUCCUUGAUUUUAGAUCUUAACCUCUCUUCUUCCACUAGUAGUCGUGCCACCAGGUCAUCAAGUUUUUGUUUACUAGUUUCUACAGAUUCCCAUGCUGUCACAAAGUGACCAAAUCUCUCUGGCAGUGACAUUAAUAUUUUGACGUGACAACGUCUAAUAAAUCAAUGAACGCUGGCUGCACGCACGAAAAAUUGUCCCACUACAGAUGUCCCACUACGGAUGUGUCCUGUUUACGCAUGCGUGGCAUCUCUCUGGUAUGUUGCGUACGGUACAGAGAACUCGGCCGGCACGUGGUGGCGUACUGCUCAGGUUUCACCCCGCCAUGCUGCAGAGAUAGGCGGGUCGCGCCGGUUGGAUCAUGCCUGCGCAUGUCGCCACACAUGGCGUAGGGCAGAUGACAACAUAGCAGGGUUCGAGGUUAUUGUGCACCGUGCCACGGGAGUAUAUUCGCAAGGAAAUGGCGUUCUUACAAGUACAUAUUAUUUUAAUUACUAGUGUAAAUCAAUAUAUUUAAACAGUGUUGUAUGAGUAUUGUUUUAGCUGUGUAACUAAAUAUUUAUUGCUGGUAUGAUACUUUUCACGCUUUAGUUUGACAUUGGUAAUUAUUUGUCAUGAGUUAUUAUUUGAUCAACUAAAUCACACACCAUAUUAUAGUUAUGCAGCCCACGAGCGUGUAAAUAUUUCGAGUCCAACAGAGAAUAUGCUAGUUAAAAGAAAUUCAAACAACUAUCGUGCGUGGAAUAUUAUUAAUUUAUAACAUCUGAAACUAUAGUUUCCAAUAUGGCCUCGUGGCUGUGCGGUUAGUAUUGCUGUCUGCCAAUCCACAGGAUGACGGUUAGAAUCCCGCCCGAAGCGAAAUUUUUUUUGUACUUGUAAACAUAAAUAUGACGUGCCCGACACUUCAAAAGUAAUAAAUAUAUUUGAAUUAAUAAAUGCAAAUAAAAGUAAAUUUAUUAAUUAAAUUGUACAUUUAAUUUCACUCCUUCUUUGUAUCCAUACAAAAUAGUGAUAAUUCAAUAAAAAUGAUUCAAUUUUAUUCAUAAAAGUAUACAGAGGUAGAUUUUAUCAUACAAAAGAUAGAAAAAUUAAAAAAAAAUUCUUCCUUAAAGAAUAUAAUAUUUUUAAUGCCUAAAUGGUUUGGUUGCAAAAACCUUUUAUUAGGGACCGGAAAAAUCCGUGGUUUCGAUGGCCUUCAGGAUAGACUGCACAUUCCCCUGUACACUCGGGCAAACAACGCAAGUUCAUUGGCUGCUGACUUGUAAGUCGCCUCUUCUGGCUUGUCUGUGAUUCGAUCCUUCUUUGUUUAAAAGUUUAUAAUUGGUUGAGAUUCGUCCAGAUGAACAGUAAGCCAGUAGCCAAAUCAUCUAAAAGUUAUAUAUAUUUGAAUUCUAGCUUAUCGCCAAAUGAAUUCGCGAAUUUUUCCGGUCUCUACCUAUUACGGCUCAGUCUCAGGCCGAAUAUGAUAUUUCCUUUUCUUCUAGAUUAAUUAUUUCAUCAAUGUUUUGUUAUGACGUUGUCACGUUAAACUAUCGUCCGUAAACCGACUUUACAGACAACCAAUUUUUUUGUAAUCGUGAACUGUUCCGACACUUCUUCUCCUGCCUGUUUAAGCAAGUGACACAAUUCUUGUAUUUUUGACCAAUAUGUAGACAUGUCAGAACCCUGCUCGUACUUAAACUGAAAAAAAAAAAACAUUGUUGCAGUAAGUGUACUCUUGUACUCGACUGCAGCUCAUACUCACUAAGAAGCUCCAUCCACAUCUCGCUUGCAGUGGUGCAAGUAAGUAUGUGCAUCAUUGCAGCCUCACUCAAACGCAUUACAUAAUUCUCUGAGCCUUUGCAUCUCUUUUUUGCCACUCAUUUUGAUCUGUUUCAGGUUUAAUGUCUGUUCCAUCCACAACUGAAAAAAGAUUCAUUUCCCGCAACAACACCGACACCUGGAACUUCCACACGUUCCAAUUCUUCUGCCCCUCAUACUUUAUCGCUCCCAUGGUAUUCAUCCCUAGCUGCUCCAUUUUUCCGGAGUCAACAAGCACCGAUGAUAAAUUGUUGACGACAAAAGUGACUGAAUGCGUACCACACCCUAGUACCGCUACUCCACAGAAGCUUGCCACACAGCCAUUACCACUCUGCAGAGAAACACGUUGCCGGCCUACACAAUUUAAACAUCGCUGUUGCGAAGAUCACUCAUGACUGUUAUAAGCAUCCUGGGCCCAUAACCUGUUGUCAGUCUUUCACAAAAAAAAAAACAACACGUCGUGAUGCUGUUAACGAUAUCCUUUUAUUCACAUAAUAACAGUCAUUCUCCCACACACCUUUUCCUCCAUUUUCUAACUCUCUAAACUUAAGCAGUGCUACCAACUAGGUAGCUACAACUAUACCUAUGACACAAAAUAUCGUUAUUGCUGAUAACAGCUGUAACAUUGGUUAUGGUGAAAUAUCUAUAAAUACUUAAGAUGUUGUUAUUCAGCUAUUAUUUAAGUUAUUUCAUUAACUUGUUGAAAAGAAAAUUUCUUUAUAAACUUAUGUAUUUUAUUAAGAGAAUGAUCUGAAGUUUAAUAUGUUUUUAAUUCAUGCAGUACUUUUUAAUAGUGUUAAUACUCUCUACAUUCCAUAGUCAAAACCUUAAAGCAGGUCUUUCUUGUAAAUAAAUGUAUCAGUUUAAUUCUGUUAAAAGCACUGCAAUUCAAUGUAAACACUUUGUGUUUUAUUUAUGAUGAUUUUUUUUAAAAUGUGAAUUUGUUUAUUUAUCUUAAUAAUAAAUAGUUAUUUGUUAAAUGCAAUAUAAA